UGCAUAUGACCCUGUUCCGUUCAUAAGGGCACACGCAGAUCAGCAACCAGAGGCGGAUCUGCCGGGAAACACUUGGACCAAGGACAGAAGGGAGGCCCCUCUCACACACCCUCAUGUGAAAGCAGGGAUUACCUAAUUUGAGCUAUGAAUAGAGAUAUUAAAACAUGUUAUGUGUCCGAAUAGCGUUUUAGUAGAGUCCAAUGCAAAUCAGAAAAUGGAAAACUUUUUUUUAAAUGUAUUUAUUUUUUUACAUAGAACGACUUUAAGAGAUGUAAUUUAGGCUAAUGGGAAAUGUUUACCAGCAGUUAUGAAACAGCCUACUUUCGUUAGAUGAAACUAAAAACACACGAGUAGAUAAGUUUGGGUUCUUGGCGAAGAUGUCAGAAGAAUGUCACUGUAUUAAGAGUGAUGUGAUAAAAAUAGGCUGUGCCGCAGUAGCACCGGAUACUCCAUAUAUGGUCAGGACAUGCUGCUUUCUGAUUGGCUGCUCACAUUAGCGACAGGGUUGUUGCUGGAGCGCUUUCAGUGGGAGAUCCAUUAUUCUGACUGACAAGGGAUACGAAAAAAAAUCGUUUUUAAUAGGGUGCGGUUGAAAUAUCAAAACAAUCAUCAGACUGUUAACGGAGCUUGUUUAUUUUAUUUAUUUUCUGUGAUAGCCUAUAGCCAGCACAUUUGGUAAAUUUUGAUCAAAACUGUCUUUUUUUAAAAUUACAUCUUUACAUUAGGCCAAACGCAGCUUUGCUACAUUGCUAUUUUUUGUAUCAAUUAUAUUACCCCUUAAAUAGCACGAUCACCGUUUGAGGAGACCAGUACAUGUUUAACAUAUUUGGCUCUACUCUGUAAAAUAUGCAUAAAUUAUAUCAUAACCUCACGAAGGAAUGUAAAAGACACAGGCUGCAAGCAAGGCACGUAAAAUGACGUAUCUUGUUCAUUUAUGUGAACGCUUCAACAUUAUUUAGCCUAACCAAAAAUCUUGCAUUUCGUAAAAUUUAAAUGCAUACAAUUGAAGAAAAUUAUGAAUGAAAAUGAUAGCUGCGAAAUUCUGUAUAUAUUUGGCUGGUGUUUACUCUCUCAUCUCCGGAGCAGUGGUACAGUCUCGUCCCAAAGAUUUCAUUCAUAAAUAUCUGACUCUGGUGGCUCGUGCCUCCUAGCGUAGUAACCAUAAUCUAAAUGGGGGGGGGGGGGGGCAAAACAACAUUUGGUGACAUUAGUGACACAAUAUAGUUCUCAGCAUCUACUGGUGUGAUCUAGCGAAAGUGAUGCCUAGAAACGCAUCCUCGUUAGAAACGCAAGAACAGCUGCACACAUCAGCCGCUCAAAUGAAGAAGGUAGGUAUUGUGAAGGACGUGUGUCCAAAGAGAGACGCAGCUGAUGGUCCCUUUGUUCCAACGGUCACUGCUGUAGCUUCAGCUCCAGAUCUGAAGUGGAUGGUCUUGUCCACUGACAUCUCUUCAGUGUCACCCUGCAGCACUGCAAGACACGAGAGACCACAGAGCUCAGCUCACUCUAUGGAUAACAAACCUUCUCGAAAGAUCUCCACUGGCCGGAGAAAAGGGGUGAAAGAUCAGCUUUCUCCAGAGGAAGAAGAGAGGAAGAGGAUCAGAAGAGAAAGGAAUAAACUUGCAGCUGCCAAGUGUCGAAAUCGCAGACGAGAAUUAACCAACAGUCUCCAAGCUGAAACCGAUAGCCUUGAGGAAGACAAGGCAGCUCUGCAGUCUGAGAUCGCUAGUCUGUUAAAAGAGAAAGAAAGACUCAAACAUAUUCUUUCUACUCACAAACCCCACUGUAAACUAAAGGAGAAGACAUCUGGGGAAAAAGAGGAACAAGUCCAAGCGCAGGCAGAGCAGACACCCCCACAGGCCCCUAAAACCUCCCCAGAACAUCAUCAGGUGCCCGCUUCUCCCCAACAGCCUGACCCCAUAAGCGCUGCGAUCUUCGGGGACUCCGACAUCCUUCUGUGUUCCAGUGCAGAACUGGGUGCCGUUGAGGUGGAACCCUAUACUGAUAUGAGGAAUGUGACCAUGGAAGACAUUAGCAACGUGAUAGACAGUGGUGAUGACAUGGAUUUGUUAGUGCCAGACAUUGAUUUAAGUAGCUCUUUGGGCUUGAGUGAAUGGGAAACCCUGUACAUGUACAUGGGAGGUGGGUUAGAACCUAUAAGCUCCCCUACAUGUAGCCCCACCUGUAGCAGCAGCAGCAACGCUGUACCUGUUUUCAGCUUCAACAAUGCAGAUUUAGAGAAACAUGUAACAAAGAGGGUUUGAGUAAAUCUAAUGCAACCAAAGAAAUCUUGAUGACUUUAUGAAGGCUCUGGUACAUUGUAAACAAUACGGUAAUGUUGUUGGUGUGAAAUAUUUUAAAAGAAUUCUUCAUGAAAAGAAAAACCCUAAAAACAUGUUCAGUGUUUCAGCAGAUAUAGUAAAAGCUGUGUAAUAACAUUCUAAAAAAUAAGACACAUCUAUUGUACUGAGACAGUCUUGUUUCUUCAACUUGUUGAAUGUAUUGUUGUUCAUAAAGACAUGCUUUUGAAUGCAAAUCAAUUUGUAUCAGGUGAUCUUGUGCUGUGCAGUGCAGUCUGUUACAUAGUGUGACUGUUUGAUUAACAGCUUGUACUUUGUGGUAUACUCAAAAGUAAAAUGUGAUCCUGACCAUGGAGGAAGAAAAAAAAUCUACUGAGUCCUUUAACUUUAUGCAUUUUUGUUCUUCCUACUUCUGUUUCUGUGGUCUGGCAUGCCUCUAAUAAACAAUGAAAGAAU